CACAGGAUAAAGUAAGGCGUAAAAGUCAUACAAGCGCAACGUGUACUGAUCUGCAUAGCAUGUUGAUAUCCUUACUUAUGGAGAACCAGUCUAAGGGUAUUAGUCUUAAGAUUGCUAUAUAUCAAGCUCCAGGAAGAUAUUUCUUCAAACCGGAAGUAGAUGCUGAAAGGUUUCUGAAACCUUCCCCUGAAAGUGAAAGUAAUCUCCCAGCAGCUUCAACAACAACAAAGGCAAGGCUUCUGCUAAAAGCCCAACAAAAGAAAAAUAAUGGCGAGGCUUUUCUUUGCAGUAAGACCAAGAAAAGAAAAACUUUGGUCCUUCCGAUAAUUCUGCUAAAAAGUGAUCUAAGAGGCUUCGAAUUUCAGUUCAAACUUGAAAGGGUACCGAUGGUAAAGUUUACAAGAACAAGAAAGGAAUAGUCAAUUUUAGAAACAAUCAAAUAAGGGUAUUUUAGUAAAUUUACCUGUUACCAUACAAUACCAUACCAUCA